AAUUUUGAGUUUAUAUCUCACAGUUCUGGUGAUUAAAAAGUCGAAAUUACGUUUUUGGUUUUUUUAUUCUUUGUGUAUGUGUUUUCCCUGUCUUAUUAAUAAUCUUCUCUUAUGGUCUUUGCCUAGUAUUUUGUCUUCUGUCUAUACUUUGCUCCCCUUGUUUUAUUAAAUUGAUUUAGUUAUUUAUAUUAUACGGGCUAUAGUGCCGAUAAUUGUGCCGAUCUCUAUAUUUUUUUGAACGUCUUUACAGCACUUUGGUCAGUCGUGUGGCUGCUUUUAUACGUGCUAUAUAAAUAAAUCGAACUUGAACAUAGUAGACUCAUAAUUAGAAUCAUCAAACUAACCCUCAACAGAAUCACCAUCAUCCAAAAAAAGGGAAUAAAAAAAAAAUGAAGAAGAAGUAGUUCAUAUUGUUUCAAGAAACCAACCAUCCCUAAAUAUUAAGGACCAGGUGAUGACCUAAUUACGUCAUGACGUAAAAGAAUCAGUAAGUCGUCCUUGAACUGAUUCUUUCGAACGAACUACUUAAAGUAACCGGUUCGCCAAAAUGACUCGGACUUCACAAUAGUGGAGCGGCGCGGCGGAGGAUCCCCACCCGUGAGCAUGGCGGUGUGCUAGUGUAUUAAUGAAGACCGGAGAGAGCAGGCGGAGACGGAAAACACUAACAUGCGCUUCAAAUAAUCCGAUUUUAACGGACUGUGUGUUAAUUCACCGAUGCCAGAGGCAGUCCGCUGGGUUUCUCCAUGCAGUCUUCGUUUACUUCUAUAGGAUGGUGAGCUGAGCAGAUAAAAAGCACAAGUUAUUGGUGAUUGCAUCUAUCCAGCCGUUCCCUGUUGUGAAUUAUAGGCGCGCGUGGGCCGCCGGUGCUCCGUGAUCAUGAAGCGCUGCUGCGGGAAGCGCGUCUUUGUGCGAGGCGUGUUUAUGUCCGCGAACAGACUCGUUUAAACGCCCUAAACAUGAAUGCCAUUGUCAUGUCGAGUGCCGUGUGAGUUUAUUUUGAUUCGUUGAACCGUUCAGACCGGAGAGAUGCGUGAGUAUAAAGUGGUGGUCCUCGGCAGCGGCGGGGUCGGUAAAUCCGCCCUUACCGUGCAGUUCGUCACCGGGACGUUUAUUGAGAAGUACGACCCGACCAUCGAGGAUUUCUACCGUAAGGAGAUCGAGGUCGACUCGUCGCCGUCGGUGCUGGAGAUCCUGGACACGGCGGGCACGGAGCAGUUCGCGUCCAUGCGGGACCUGUAUAUCAAAAACGGACAGGGCUUCAUUCUGGUCUACAGUCUGGUGAACCAGCAGAGCUUCCAGGACAUCAAACCCAUGAGAGACCAGAUCAUCCGAGUCAAGAGGUAUGAGAAGGUUCCUGUGAUCCUGGUGGGGAAUAAGGUGGAUCUGGAGAGCGAGCGGGAGGUGUCUGUAAGGGAGGGACAGGCGCUGGCUGAGGAGUGGGGCUGUCCGUUCAUCGAGACGUCUGCUAAGAGCAAGACCAUGGUGGAUGAACUCUUUGCUGAGAUCGUACGGCAGAUGGACUAUGCGGCACAGCCGGAUAAAGACGAUCCGUGCUGCUCCUCCUGCAAUAUACAAUAACCCCCCAACACACACACACACACACACACACACACACACACAAACACACACAGAACUCACAUUACAGUAGCUUUGAUAGACCUUCUAGUGUCGAAGGUUUUCCAUCAUUCUGUAUCUGCAGACUGACAGUAACUUUGAGGAUUUUUUUCUUGUCACUUUAAAUCCUGACUGACUCAACCACAGGAAGAGCACUUGCCUUAGGUUUCACGUUUCCUGUUUGAGCAGGAUCCUUCAGUGGUGAUGAGUUGGACUUUAUGUUCUUGGUCUUAUGGUAUUGAUGAUUUUAUCUGAAUUUGUCACCAGGUCAAAGAGAGAGAGAGAAAAUAAGAGGGUUCUUAGCCAUAUGCUUGAUAUAGCCAUAUAAUCAUUUAAUAAAGACUUUCUAAUUGUUCAUUUAUUUGGGAAUAGAUCCCUUAAAGUCGUCAUUUUUCAUGGGUAUCUCAUCUGAAACAUCGAGGUGGAAAAACAGUCAGGUGACUUUAGUUUUGUUCCAAAACCUAGUUAACUGCCUACCUAGACAGUGAAUUAAAGCCCAAAGUAUGUUCCCUAUGGUUUCCUAGAAUGCACUGGGGUGAGCAAUAAAAAAUUCAUCCAGGAUGGUGCAUGAGAUUCUAAAAAUACUUGAAUUUCGUUCCACUCCAUAAUAUUUUGCUAAAAGUUAAUAAGGUGUGUUGUAUGUAUUUUUAUGUACUGCACACACAAGUAUCAUGCUAUUAGCUUAACAGCAUGCUAAUGUCAAACUCUCUAAAUCCAUGUGUAUGAGCUUCACAUAAGCAACUGUAUAUGCGUGAUGCAGAGUAGGGCUGAACGAUUAAUCAAAGUAACAUCGAAAUCACGAUAUGGGUUUGUGCAAUUAUCAAAUCACAAAGGCUGCAGUUUAAAUGCAUAAAUAUGUUGAAAGUUUCUGAGUGAAAUUGAUCAGUGCUUUCAGUUGCUUAUAAAACAUUUAUAAACCUACAGCCAACAAAGGAGAAACUUUAAAGUCAGCAUGAAACAGAAGUUACGAUUGUGUUUUCUUCCCUAUUGUUACUUCUCGUAAAAAAAAAAAUAUAUAUAUAUAUAUUGGGCGGGGCUUGGUUUUGUUCUUUGGGAAUUGAUUAGAUCAUUGUCAUUUGCUAUUGCUGCAUUCUCUUGUGAUUGACAGGUUACAUACUCGCUGAUAUUGCUGCAAAGGGGAGGAAAGUUAUUUUUAUUAAAGAUUGAUUCAAUUAAUUUAAACGUAAAAAUGAUCACUGCAGUAGCAGUAUAGCAUUAAAAAUUAAGAUUUGUCAGUUUUGUUUUAAGGGGCUCCCUGCAGUUUUCCACCAAAGUAAAUGUUUGAUAGGCUAAUAUUUGUUAAUGCUUUGUUUUAUUUUACAGUAAAACAGCAUUAUUUACUAUAGCAAUCAAUUUCAUGUUUUAAUAUUUAAUUAUAAUAAUCAUAAAAGUAAUAGUUCUUAUUUUAUAGUCAUAUUGAUAUAAUCGCUAUGAGUUUUGUGAAAUUUACAGUAUGAAAUAUACAUUGCAAUCACAAUUUUUACCAGAAAAAAACAAAUUGUUCAGUCUGCAAAAUCCAUCUACAUAGAAUGUUGUCAGGCAGCUUAGUAGGUUUUGGAACAGAGCUCGUGUCUUUAUGCUGCUUCCAUUCAAAGUCAGAUUUAGAAGAUGAGUUCAGAAAAUGGCGACUCUACCAUUAGCUUGCAGUGGAACAAUUGUGAACAAAGAACUCUUUUAGCAACCAAAUUGGGGACGCUGUGCUUUACGCCACUAGCAGUCGUUCAACUAGUGUAUCAACAGAGAGAACCAUUUAUCUUGUUUUUUUAUGUUUGCUAAAUAUGUUGUAUCAUGCAAUGUUGAACCUUUUGACUCUUUGAUGUAUUUUAUUUGCUUAAAUGUUGAAUGUUUGACAGUGUAAAUCUCUCUGACUGCCACCAUGUCUGCAUCAUGAACCCUCCAUCGUGAGAUUCAAGAUACUUUCAAUUGCACUUUUCCAAGCAGGAAUGUUAACUUUCCGAGCGAAUGGAAUGCAGCGUAAGUCCCUGUCUCUGAUUGGAUGGGGACACAUCUGGACACAGAACUUUUGCUAAUUUAUUAUCUCAUAUGGCUCUGUUGGACUCGUCUCUUUUUCUUUCUCUCUCGAUUUUAUCACCCUCUUUCUCACGCGUCUCUUCAGCAUCUCAGCCCCUUUCUACACUCGUUCUCAAUAUUCUGCCAUGCUUGUGUGGGUCAUUGAUGCUGACAAUGAUGGCUAUUGUUUGACUGUAUAUCCGUUUGUACAGAGGUUGCCAGUUUUUCUUGGUAUCCUCCGGGCUUGAGGUUGGAUCUCAAGGCUGAACAUAUAGAGAUUAUGGAGGUGUGUGAGUGUGUGUGUUUGAAUAGAGAGCUCUGAGUCAGUAUUGAUUUUAUAUUUUUUUAUGUGGACCUGUGCUCAACUCUUCUGAAUGACUGAAUGGUGACACUCUUUUUUUGUUUUGUUUGGCACCUAAAUAAAGUGCAUCUGACACUCGCACGCACUGCAGUGUUUUUUCUGUGUUUUAAAACCAACACGCUCACUGUCCAAACAUAUGCCCGCUUUAUAAAUAAGAAAUAUUUGAGCAGAACAUGUUACGCUGAAGGACAAAAGUGUGUCCUGCAGUUUGUUUGAAUAUCUGCACACACACACACGACAGGUUCUGUUUUCCAUCAGACAGGUUUUGUUUAUUUGAUGGCUGUUAAACUAUUUCGUUGUGAGAGAUACAAGUUAGUUACGGAACAUUUAGCAGAUUCUUUCCAUCUAAACUGACUUUAAGGUGCUGUAGAGGAUUUUCCGUCAUCAUAAAAGUUUUACACAUGAAGACACGAAUAGAGUUUUUGACAUAAAGAUUCCAGUCAUAACAGUAGUUUCAUAAGAAAGUGCAUUUCUACAACUGGAUCUGUAACGACAGUGUUAUUGGAGUUUUAUUGAUAUACUAUUAUAAUUUUUGUAAAUAUUUUGAACUAGAUAUUUUUCUAUAUAUUUUCUGUUUUUGGUUUAAUUUGUUUACAUUUUAAUAAUGUUGUGUUUUUUGUCUUUUUUUAAUGCGUCUGUAGUUUUUAUAAUUUUUUUAUUUAAUAGUGGUUAUUUUGAGUUUAUUU